GGUUCCCGCUCGUCACACAUCUGAUGGCCAAGGAGCUGCAGCUCUUCUACGUUUACACAAGCGCCGUUGCGCUCUGGCUGCUGAUUCUCAUUCAAUGGGCACGCCAUGCCAAAACUCACAGCGAGGUCCCAAAUGGACUGCACCGCACCGUGUUUAUGCUGCCGAUUCUGUUCCUCGGGGCUGCGUUGCUGAACUGGAUCUCGCUCGCCUAUCUUGGAUACUUUGGGGGUCGCCAGUGGCUGUGCCAGUCGCUGAUCUACCCAGUCGAGUUUGCGCCGGAAUUCUGGCUGCUCGUGUGCCUCUUCCUGAUCGCCAAGGGAUGGUAUAUCAUGCGCAGAUGGCUGGCGCCUGUUGAGAUUCGGACGAUUGUCAUUCUCUCGGCGCUGCUAGCAGCCGUUAUGAUCUUGAACCGAUACAUGGACAGUGGAUCAAUGAUUGGCGUCGUGAUCUGUGGCUCGGCCUACAUGAUUCAAGUACUCUGGAUCAUACGCCAGAGCAUUGACCAGCUUCAGGGCCAUAUCGACACUAUCGAGCUUUCUCUCCCUGCAGCGGACUUUAUUGGCCGCGAUGACGUCGAAAACAAAAGACGAAUUGCAAACGGACGGGCCGACGGUCAGCCGAUUCACUGGCUCCUUCUCGACGACAAGUGGCAGCUCCUGGAGCCGUAUGUCCAGAAAGCCGAGAUAAUCGACCGCUCGCAAAACAUCAUCAGUACAUACGCCUUGGGCACAUGCGUGAACCUCUUGAUGCAAUUCUUUGGCCAAGCACCAUCGGAAUAUGUGUCCACGACCUUCACCCAGCUCCUCCAUAUGUUUUUGGUGAUCUGGAUAGGGAUUCUGCUCCGGGCACGCCGUCCCGUCGAGGUUGUGGUUAUCCCGCCCUCCCGCCACGCCGCGCUUGCUCGACAGAUGUAGGCGUGCUGGCGUGAGUGAAAGCAGCCAGCAUGGUGACAUGUACAGCUUCCCAGCGGCAAUCGAGGGCUGCAGUUGGAGGAUGAACACGGACCGAGUCGUACCAUG